CCCAAAGUUCCCGAAUACAACGGGAGGAGGCCAAGAUCGUACCACAACGCGUGGCACUACAACUCGACCAACGCGCCGCGACCGAGCCAGUUUAGUGCCUGCUCCUCAACAGCAAACGAGCGAGCUCGAGCUGCUGAUGAUAUUGUACGUACGUAAUCAACCACCACCUUAUGGUCGGGAGGUACACGGUUCGCCUUGGUUCGUGUGUGCGCGAAAAGAUAAAACUUCCACCUACCUACACACCACAUAGGCGUGCGGUAAUUGUGCUGUUAUCCGGCUGGAGGUUUGUGAAUCCCAUUGUAUAGCAAUUUGUGGGAUAUAAAACCCAGGACAGAAAGAUUGACGACGACAAUAGUAGGUACCCCGAAAGCCGAAUGCUCCCCUGACCCACAAUGGAGAGAAAAUGGAAUCAUUAGUUCGUUGCAGUCAACAACACACGGUUUGAGUGGUCCAUCGCCAGCCAAGGCCCCAUCCUGCUGGUGGAGUACCUGGGACACCAAACAGCCCGUACGAUGCCUUCGGAGAUUCCGAUCCCACGCACUUGGCAGGGUAAUUUCUGAGGGGCCACCAAUCAAAACCGGAAAAAGGCGACUUUGUGGAGUUCUCAACAUUUUUGCUGUUGCGUUGUACACAUAAAACACAACAACAACAGAAAAAAGGCAGAUUUCCAGGGGCGCGGACAUUGUAUAUAAACGGAGCGCUGCAGUGGCGAAAAUAUGUAUUCCUUAAGUCGCCGCGUGCUCAUCAUGUUAACGGGAAGCGUAGUCAUCUCGCUGCUGAUUGUGGUUACCAUCUACGGAGUGAACAGUGCACCCACGACCAAAAAGUUGAUUGAAGUUUCCGAUCAGUUGUCAGGUGGCAGUGAUGGUGAUGAUUAUGAAAGGGCCGCACGAGAUUACGAGCUGAAGCAGGUGCACGUGGUUUUCCGCCACGGCCAACGGACACCGGCUGACACUUAUCCCAAUGAUCCUCUAGUCAACAACACUUUCACCCCUUAUGGAUGGGGUCAACUCACGAAUUUCGGCAAAAGAAGCCUGUACGACAUCGGCAUAUGGCUACGCAAACGCUACGCGAAGCUACUGGGAAAGCUGUACCUUUCAGAUAAAAUCUUCGCCCAAAGUACGGGUGUUUCACGGACCCAAAUGUCCAUUGAGUUGGUACUGGCUUCGCUCUAUCCACCUGUGGAAACCGUUCAAGAGUGGAACAAGGAUCUCAACUGGCAGCCAAUUCCCUUCUUCAGCGAACCCUUGGAUCAGGACACGCUACUGCUGGUUCGGAAGUCCUGUCCACGAUACCACGAAGCUCUGAUGGAAAUCAUGGAGAGCACCGAGGUUCAACAAUAUCUCAUCAGUAAUCAGGAACUGUUCGAUAAUCUCACCAUCAUAACCGGAAUGGACAUCAGAACUCCGGACGAUGUCCAAUCGCUAUACAGCACUCUAAAAGCAGAGGACGAAUUCGGACUGGCCUUACCAGAGUGGACCAAAGACUACUACCCGGACAAAUUGCUUCCACUGACCACCUUUGGCUACGUGCUAAACGUCUACAACGACGAGCUAAAAAGGCUCAAAGGUGGCCCAUUCCUGAAGAAGACCAUCUCCGAGUGGGAAGCCGUGAUAGCUUCCGAUCUGACCCCGGCGAAGAACAAGAAAAUGUUCCUCUACGCCGGGCACGAUUCUACGGUGGUCAACAUCCUUUCGGCCUUCAAUGUGUGGAAGGAGCAAGUGCCGGGCUACGCCAUCAUGGCACUGUUCGAACUGUACAAGAACCGGCGGACAGCCGAGUACUCGGUGAGAGUCUACCAGAAGAACGUCGGAGAACUGCCGAUUAGCUUGGAGAUUCCCGGCUGCAGUAAGUACUGCCCGGUGGAGAAGCUGAAAAAGCUACUGGACAGCCAUGUGCCGACCGAUAUGGCCGUGCUCUGUAAGGCCCAUUCCGCCGGGUUCGAAGAGCCACCUCCCAGUGGGCCUUGAAUCUAAUAGAGGGUAGGGUUAGGUUAGAUGAUAAGUAUUUAAGAUACAAUAGGUUCUAGUGUGAAAUGUGAUUUUAAUGUUUUUAAGAAUAUGAGAUUUUAUAAGGUUCAA